AUGGCAUGCUUCCAGCUCUCCGUCGUCGCCGCCCAGCUGGACAACAAUCGGAGUGCCGAGAUGAGCGCACAAGCCGGGCUGGACAGCGUGGCGAUGAAGACCCUGGCCCUGGUCACGGCCAUCUUCCUGCCGGCCACCUUCAUCGCCACGCUCUUCAGCAUGGGCAUGUUUGACUGGCAGGCAGAAAGCAGCUCCUCCGUCCUGAGCCCCGAGUUCUGGAUCUUCUGGGUGGUCUCGGUGCCCCUGAGCAUCGCGGUCCUCGCCGCGUGGUGGUGCUUCUGGGACCUGUCCAGGACCUACUACGCCGAAAGGUUCAAGGACGCUAAGCCGACCAAGGAGCACGAGACGCUGUGGAAAACGUUGAAGGCGAAGAUGAGGCGAGACAGCGGCUCGAACGUCGGCAAUGAGGCCGGCCGUGUCGGAGCCGUGGCCAUGGCUCACGAUGCCGAAGACAUGAACAGCAGGGGCUCGUUCGACCAUCUGAACAAGCUAGUUGGGAGAAAACCCAGGCAGUAUGUUAUUCUAAACGUUUCUGUCGACGGCUCUUACGACUAUAAUCAUAGCGUGAUGCAAAAUGUGGAACAGACCAUGAACCUCUUCAAGCUUACCUACGCCUUGGAGAUUCUCUUUGGAAUUGCCAUCACUACCGUCAAGUUCAGUAUUCUGUGGUUUUACUGGGAGUUGUUCGCAACAAGCGGCGGUGUUACGCACAACAAGAGGAUUAUACAAGUGGCAGCAGUUGCCUGUACAAUCUGGUUCUUGGUUAUGAACUUUCUCGUCAUCUUUCAGUGUAUUCCCAUCCACGCCUAUUGGGAUAAGUUGGCACAGCCACUGUACUGCAUGGAUACUCCAAAGCUACUCCUUGCAUAUGAGCUGACGAACCUCUUUCUCGAUGUUUUUAUCCUCUGCAUACCGAUGCCAAUAGUGUGGCAACUGAACUUAAAGUCUUCCAAGAAGAUCAGUCUUUUGGGGAUAUUUUUCCUCGGUGCCUUUGUAUGCGUGGCAAGCAUUCUUCGCUUGAAUGCAAUCUGGGACCCAUCAGGGCAAGUCGCAUAUUCUAAUGCAAUGCUCUGGUCAACAUUGCAAAUAGGAUUGGCAAUAAUCUGUGCUUGUCUCCCAACCCUUGCCCCCAUUCUUCCUUCCAUCAUCAAACUGUUUUCUUACAUUCGAAGCUGGAGUCUGUCGAUCUGGUCUCGAUCACCUGCCAAUAAUCACAAGCAGGCCUUCCAUGACUACAGGCGGUCCGAUGAAUAUGGCAUCACAAAGACCAUUCACGGGGGCCAGUACUCCCCAAUAGGGCCCUUCAACAGCAGUUCUCAGAUUUGGGCUGAAUGGUCUCACAGUCGGGGAUACCCCAGCCAGCAGUCAUUGGGCGAGUCCAUACCAUCUAUGAGCAUCAAGGUCGACCGACAAGUAGAUGUAGCCUGA